AUGCCCGUCUCCAAGGCGACCAAGAAGUUCCAGAAGGACAAGCUCGGCGACGUCAUCAAGCGCCGCAAGGAUGUCGCCAAAGUCAAGCAGAGGAAGCAGAUGGACACCAAGAAGAAGGAGCGCAAGGCCCGCGACAAUGCCAAAGCCGACGACCUAGAGGAGGAGGCCGCCAAGAGGCCCAAGACGAAUGGCGCAAAGGACGACAAUCUCGGCGAAAUGUCCAUGGACCAGUUCUUCCAAGGCGGUUUCCAGAUUCCCGAGAUGAGCAAGAAGACCAAGGCCAAGACCGGCAAGCGCAAACGCACACCAGUCGCGGAGGAUGCUUCGGAAGGAUCUGAUGAGGAUAUGGAAGAUGCGCCCGACGGCACCGACGAGUCCGGCUCCGAAAGCGACUCUGGCGACGACGCAGACACACACAAGGCGCAGCUCGAAGGACUGGCGGAGAAGGACCCCGAGUUCUACAAGUACCUCAAGGAGAACGAUGCCGAGCUUUUGGACUUUGCCGAAGACGCCGACCUUGCAGAGAUUGACGCUCUGUCUGCCAGUGAAGACGAGGCCACACCAAGAAAGAAGCAGAAAGCCCAGAAAGCGCAAGAAAGCGCAUUUGACGACGAGGAAGACUCGGGCAAUGAGCUUGGCUUGAAGACGAUCCAAAAAUGGAAGGCUGCCAUGGAGUCGAAACAUUCUCUGCGCGCCAUGAAGGAGGUCGUUCUGGCCUUCCGCGCUGCAUCGCAUAUGAACGACUCGGAGGCUACUAAAUCAUACAAGUACUCCAUAACCGACCCAGAUGUGUACCAUCAGGUUCAAGUAACCACUCUUCACCUAGUACCCAAGGUUCUCCAACAUCACUUGCCCGUCAAGGAGAGCGCUGGAGGCAGGAUUCGCGUUGCUACCGACUCGAAGAAGUUCCGCACACUUACUCCCCUCCUCAAGUCGCAUACCGUCUCGAUUCAUCACCUCCUUGAGAACCUGUCCGAUGCAAAGACCCUCCAGAUGACGCUAGACUCGCUCUCCCACAUGCUCCCAUACAUUCUGUCCUUCAAGAAGGUCGUGCGCGAGGUCGUGCGCUCUGUCGCAUCAGUCUGGUCGGAUAGUGCCAACAACGACGGAACAAGAGUGUCGGCUUUCUUGGUUCUGCGACGACUAGUAGUCAUUGCCGACCCAAGCAUCCGCGAGGCUGUCUUGAAGCAGGUAUACCAGGGCCUUGUCAAGAGCGCGAGGAAUACCACAAUCCACACCAUUCAGGGUAUCAACCUGAUGAAGAACACCGCGGCGGAGCUCUGGGGCAUCGAUCCCACUGUUGGCUACACCACAGGCUUCGGCUUCAUCCGCCAGCUCGCGAUACACCUACGCACAAGCAUCACCAACAAGACAAAAGACUCCUACAAGACCGUCUACAAUUGGCAGUACGUCCACUCGCUCGACUUCUGGUCAAGAGUCAUCUCCAUGCACUGCGAGACCCUCCGCGAAGCAGAGUCCGGCAAACCCUCACCCCUCCGCCCCCUCAUCUACCCCGUCGUCCAAGUCACCCUCGGAGCCAUGCGCCUAAUCCCCACAUCGCAAUACUUCCCCCUACGCUUCCAACUCAUCCGCUCGCUGCUCCGCAUCGCCCAAGCAACCUCCACCUACAUCCCACUGGCACCCGCCCUGGUCGAAGUCCUCAACUCAGCCGAGAUGAAGAAGCCCCCCAAGCCCAGCACCCUCAAAGCCCUCGACUUCAGCAUCAGCAUCCGCGCAACAAAAGCCUUCCUGCGCACACGCAUCUACCAAGACGGCAUCGGCGAGCAAGUCGCCGAACUCCUCUCCGAAUUCUUCAUCCUCUGGACGAAAAACAUCGCCUUCCCUGAACUCGCCCUCCCCGUCAUCGUCAUGCUAAAGCGCUGGGUCAAAGCCAUGACGAAGAAGAGCUCCGGAAACAAAAACACCAAAGUCUCCUCGCUCAUCGCUCUCUUGGUUCAGAAACUAGAGGCGAAUUCCCGUUGGGUCGAGGAGAAGAGGAAUAAGGUUGAGUUUGCGCCGAAUAACCGUGCGGGUGUCGAUGGGUUCUUGAAGGAUGUGGAGUGGGAUAAGAGUCCGCUCGGCGCGUAUGUCGCGGGUCAGCGUAAGAGCAGGGAGCAGAAGGCGAAGUUGCUCGAGGAGGCUAGGAAGACGGAGGAUAGGAAGAGGAAGGAGGGGGAGAAGUAUGAUAAGAAGGGUGGAGAGGAGUUUGCGGAGGAUGAGGAGGAUGAGGAAGAGGAGGAGGUUGAGCUUGAUGGGUUGAGUGAUGAGGAUUUGGAGAUGGAUGAUGAGGAGGAGAGUGAUGAUGAGUAG